AUGACGUCGAUUAAAUCCAAACUCUCGAGAGAAGAAAAGGAUGGCAUGUCGAACAAACGCCGUAGCACUGAUUAUAAAGGUGACAUCCUACAGGUCCGAUUACUUCAAAUGGAAUCGAAGUACCGAAGCAAAUUUCUCUUUGACCAAAUACGAUCAUUUGAAGACAAAGUAUACCUAUCGUUCGAACAAUUCAACGUUGAUGCCAUGUACCACAUGUUUACCGCGUUGUGCAAGCGGACGGUAAUCGACAGAAGAAAGAUCAAAACGAUCGGGCAAGUCCGGAAGAUGUUUACGGACUUAAAAAAGCUCAUUCGGUGCAAAAAGUUACAUCGGCACGUCGAAAUGACAGAGGAUGAAGAGAAACUUGUAAAGUACUUUAAUUGGUUCUUCCAGUUCUUGGACUAUACAAGAAACCUGCGGGACAACUUUGUUGACCGUAUUUAUACGCCAUUGUUUCGGUACUUCUACAAUAUUGGAUUUGACGUGUCCGGAAAAGACGAACUAUCCGAAAUGACGACAAGAAGCGCAAUGUCCGCACGCAGUACCGAUAGCGGCUAUAGCGGAAUGAGUGCGCUGAGUGGAAUGACGUCAGUUCUCGCUGGUGCCCAAAAUGUGUCCGCGAGAUUUGAUGCCGAUUCGAAGCAUGCGCAACGAAGAAAGAUCGUAACGAGAAACGCGCUGAUCGCUUUAAGCCGACAAUUCCAGAAUAUCAAACAUUUGUAUGACACUACCGUUAUUGAACGACUUGCGGCCAGACUUAGUCAUUUAAAAGAUCGAAUAGACUAUCUCCUUGACCAGGAAAAUUCUCUCGAUCCUGUUUUACUCGGGCAGGAUAGUGAAACGCCGGUUUUCCACCUUAAAAUUCGAGAAUUGGGCUGUUUAAAUUUAGUAAGAAUAAUUCCAGACGUCUUGAUGAAGUUUCAGAAAGCCGCGUGGUUGGCCCAAAGAUGGCUUGAAAAUGACGACGAAAAGACCAAAGAUCUUAACGAACAAUUGAAUAAGCUUAACGAGUUGGAAGAGGAAAUGAACAAAAGAUUAAAUGCAUUGUCUUACGAAAUUCAAAUCAGUGAAACGCAGCUGGAAUCAAACGCUGAUAUGCUGACAAAACUAUUGCAACGGGAAGAAAGGGCCGGCAAUUUAGCAGAGACUGUUUAUAUUUUAAAAAAUUCCAAAGGCCAACUUGAAGAAAAGCUUGAAGUCCUGAAUUCCGAGAGGACAGAACUCCAAGAGCGACUUACACGGGCAGCUGAGGGAAAAGACAAAAACUUGUACCAAAAGAUGCGACCUUUAUAUGAACGCAAUAAAUUACAACGAUUUGCAGUCGAGAGGCAACUGAACACCUUAAAUUUCCGCAUCAGCCUCAUUGAAUCAGAUAUGCACAUUGAGCUGGAAGCAAAGACGAACAUCAUACACACUACGAACGAAGUACAAGAUAAAUGUGAGGAACUUGAGCAAAUGCUAGAACGGGCUCGACAAGAACAGAAAGCAAUACAGACAGCUUUAAUUCCAAUCGUCGAAGACAGAAACUUCGUUCAAGAACAGCUGCAUGCAAACAAAGGUAUUCACACCGCUGAUUCGAUGGUUACUUUAAAAGCAGAAUUUGUUAGUUCGCACGGAAAGACUUCUGAAAAACAGACAAGAAAUGAGAAUGAACCACGAAACUCCAACCAACGAGUAGGGGUCUUUAUAACGUCGAUGAGAACAAACAAAGAUACAAUUUCUGCAACUUAUCAUGCUCAGAAAAUACCCGAAACUACAAUGGCAACGGUUAAACAAAUAACAACGCCUUUAUAUUAUCCAGAAGUAGGCGCGUCGGAAUGGUAGUGGGAUAAGGGAUUGCAAAUGUCAGUUUAUCAUCUGCGUGACUUUGUUUCCUCUGUGAUAAAACAAUUACGAACUUUCUAAACAUUGUGAGCGUUUUUAUUGGCAUAAUUUGUUUUCCGCUGGCCAAUUUCAUAGCGUUUUUUUUGCGAUUUGACUCGUUAAUGUUCGGAUAUCGUCUUCGAAAAUUCACAUGGAAUAUAUUGUCACUCAAAAACAACGACCAUUUUGAAUCGCGUUAAAUCUAUGAUACCAGACUACAUCUAUCGUUGAAAUUUUGGCAAUUGCUAUAAGGAACACUGAUUUUGUAUGUGUUAACUU